CAGUCAGUCACACAACCAGCUGAUAAGUAGCGCUGCUAGGCAGGAGACGAGGCCCACCCACCCCCAGAGUGACUGUCUGUCUGUCUAUGGUGCCAGACAUUACCAUCAGUCGGAGUUUUACCGUCACCAGUGGGUUUAUAUUAUCACCAGCUUAUUCUUACCACAAUGCCAGCUGACUCUGCUAUUACCAGCUGAUUCUGUCAUCACCAACUGACUGUCAUCACCAGCUGAUUCUGUAAUUACCAGCUGACUGUCAUCACCAGCUGAUUCUGUCAUUACCAGCUGACUGUCAUCACCAGCUGGUUCUGUCAUUACCAGCUUAUUUUGUCAUCACCAGCUGAUUCUGCUAUCAUCAGCUGAUUCUGACAUCACCAGCUGACUCUUCCAUUACCAGCUGAUCUGCCAUCACCAGCUAAUCUACCAUCACCAGCUGACUCUGCCAUCACCAGCUGACUCUGCCAUCACUAACAGACCCUGCCAUCACCACCACUCUGUCACUGCCUAGCGGACGGACUUGAGCCGAAGACAUUAGCAGCAGCCAUGGCGAGAGAGGACCUGAAGGAGACGCACCAGGAAACACCCAGCCACCAGGUCAACGGAGGUCACCACGAGGGCACAGAACUGACCCUGUUUAUGGACGAUAAAGUGUCUGUCAACGUCGUAACGAAAUCGAAGGAGAAAGAACCUUUAAUGAAGACAUCCUCACCAACCCGCAGGACUACCGAGAUGACCAGGACGAAGGAGGAACGACCUACAUUAGAGUCAUCCUCACCAGCCCAGAAGAGACUCCACACCAAGAAAGACUCUCACAUUAGGUCAUCUUCAGGUGACCUAGACAGCGGCAGUGGUGAAGAUGAAGGCGGACGAGUCAAGAGUUCCUCAUCUCACAAGAUAACGGCGGGAUGUUACUGUGGCUCCAAUGUCGGCCCCUUCGUCAGGCAGCUGACGAUGACGGUAGUGAGCUGCCUGGCAGCCCUCAAUCUCGGCUUGAUCUACGCCUAUCCCGCGGUCGCCCUGGCCCGGUGGGAGGAGGCAGGAGUCAACCAUACCACUACGGAGAUCACCUGGUUCGCCUCGACGCCGAUGGUGGUGUCGGUGGUGGUGAGUGUGGUGUCCGGGGUGGUGAUGGAGAGCCUUGGGGUGCGAUGCGGCCUUCUCCUCUGCCUCCCUUUCCUCACUCUCUCCUGGAUCAUGAUCGCCAUCACUCACGAAUUCUGGGUCCUCCUCCUCGCCCGUGUCAUCCAAGGCUUCGUAGCGUCGAUGUUCAUGGUGGCUAUCACAGUGUAUCCAGUGGAGGUGAGCGCGGUGCGGUGGCGAGGCAUCAUGGUUGGUGUGUCUGAGGCCAUGGUCAUGCUGGGAGCCUUCUUCACCUACCUGGCAGGUCUCGUCCUCUUCCCCUCCACCCUCGCCUACACCUUCGUCGGUGUCACCGUCCCGCAAGUCUUCUGUUUCUACUUCAUGAGGGAGUCUCCCCUCUGGUUGACACGACAGGACCGCGAUGAUGAUGCGGCGGUAUCCUUAGCCUGCCUGAGGGGCCCCGGCGUCGACAUCACCUGGGAACUGGAGCAGAUCAAAGCCAACGUGUAUAGUGAGAGAAUACAGAAACCAAGUGCUUCUGAACAACUCCUACUGCUUAGGAAACCCGUGUAUUUGAAGCCAAUCCUCUUGUGUGUACUUGUGCUGCUCUUCAAAGAACUAACUGGACAGUUUGCUGCAAUGGCUUACGCAGUCAAGAUAUUCCAAAUGGCCGGCUCGACCUUAAACCCGUACUGGUGUGCUGUAGUAAUGGGCGCUGUCAGGUUCCUGCCAUGCUUCGCAUCGUGGGCCCUCAUCGAGAGAGUGCCUCGUCGCGUCCUGCUCUGCUCCUGCAUGACCAUAGCAUCCUUCUCCUUGGCAACACUCGGAGCCUUCCUCUGGUUCUGGUCCUGGUCUGAUGAAGGUCUCCCUGCCUCGCUAGGCUGGAUACCUCUUACCUGUUUAUCAGUGUUCACCCUAUCGUUUGGGUCUGGCAUAGGUCCUACUUCCUGGACCCUGGUGGCUGAACUCAUACCCUCGCAGGUCCGUAACGUCGGCGCUGGGAUUAUCAACUCCUCCUUCAGCUUGUUCCUCUUCCUAGUGGGGCUGACUUUUCCAUUUGCUGUAGAAUACCUAGGGGUGGGGGCGGUGUACAUAGUGUACUCGGUGUGUUCCCUCGUCGGCGUCAUCUUCGUGGUGACAUGUUUACCAGAGACCAAAGGUAGCACUUUUGACGAGAUCCAAAUCGCCCUUGACAACAAAUGGAACUCAAAUGUGGUGUAAUCUUACCAGUGAUCAUAGACAUACAUUUUUUAGUAGAGUUUAUCACCUUACGACCGACCACACUCUAUGAAACUACGGGUCAAAGCAAUAAAGUGAAGGAAAAUCUAGUUCCGGUGUAAUGAGAUUUACGUAAAUGAAUUAUCAGACACGAAUCUUACAGAAUAACUCAUAAUAAUCUUUUUGCAGUAAUUAUUCAUAGCGAAAGCACAGCAGUGUACACGCGGUAAUUUACACUAUUACAGUAUGCCUCUUUAAACGGUGUUAUACUGUAUUUAGAUUAAGAUUCAUUCAAAUUACAGAAAGAGUCAUGUGUACACUGGUGGUCGGGACUGUAUACAUCCUCACCACAAAUCCUAAAUCCUAAAACUAUCAUUUUCGGACUUAGUAUUGAGGUACUGCAGCCUCUCCUCCUCCUCCACCUUCGUCAGUACAAUGGCGGAUCUCCCUGUGUCUGUAUCGCUCAAAAGACCGAUCCUCCCUUGGUUCCUCACUACCAGGGAGUGAAUCAUCGUGCCUUGCCUGAUGCUGAACCAACUCACUCUUUUUUUUUAUCACCACUACCUAGAUACUGUUCCCUGCCUCACCUCUUCCUUCCAGGCAGUGGCCACAUUCGAAACAGAACAGCACUACCUUUAUACCCUGACCUUCCCUCUCCUUGUUGCUGGUAUAAGUCAAUCUCCAACUGGUGACACCAAACCUCAUUUGUGACACCAAACCUCAUUUGUGACACCAAACUUCAUCUGUGACACCAAGCCUCAUUUGUGACACCAAACUUCAUCUGUGACACCAAGCCUCAUUUGUGACACCAAACUUCAUCUGUGACACCAAGCCUCAUUUGUGACACCAAACCUUAUUUGAGACACCAAACCUCAUUUGUGACACCAAACCUCAGUGGUGUUAAAACAACAAUGAUUAGCACAACUAGCGAUUUAUAUUAUCUUAAUUUUCCUCUUAACCUCAAGACCUGAUCGGAAGGGUCACGACCUACGAAGUAAGGAGAGCUCUCAUAGGUAUACUGUAGGUGUACAUAAAUAUAAUUUGUACCAUAAUAACGUAGAGCUAAGUGUGUGUUUGUGUGUCCGUGAGUAUGUCGUUAUAUUGCGAUGUGUGUGUGUGUGUGUGUGUGUUUGUCUUGGUGAAUAUUUUUAAACAUAUCGUGUGUGUAUAGAAGUCAGAAUUGUUGAUCUUUUUGCUGACAUUAUUACUAUUAUAGGAAAGUUAUAGUUUUGGAUAAUUUCCACACUAGAAGGCCAUGGAAAAAUCCCACGAAAGAAUCUUUGCCAAUUGGAUAGACUUGAGACGGUUAAUGAAAUCUAUUAACAUAAAACUUUUUUAAUCUUUGGUGUAAUAAUACCGUAUAUAAUUUGAGUGGUGUAUCGUCCACCUAUAAAUUAAUUUCUCUGCGAAAGUGGGUCCCAAAUGCCGCUUUGGUACAACAGACUGAAUACUAAGCCUUGGUACUCGUACCUCCGCCGCACCACCCUAUAGUAUUUCUCUACUCGUUUCACUAAAAAUACAAAAAUCCUAAAGGAAACAGUAUGCUCAGUUUCGUAAUUCAAAACUUUAUUCACACACGUCAACAUCUUACUUAACUAUCACAGUUUCUGCCUGAUCCCUCUUUAUACUGUACAAGGCUUUUGCUCAUCAUGUUUAUAUCACGUGAUAUGCUUCAGCCAAUGAGGAGUCAGAGUGUUCGCGCCGGAAAUGCCCUUUGUUUAUAUCACUUGAUAUGCAGCCCAUCAGCAGUAAGAGUGACGCUUUGGCAAAUGAAACGAACUACAUAGAACCAAUACAACAUUAAAACCCUUGAUAGUAGGGAAUAAGGGCGUGUGAUUUUGGUGAAAACGAGUUUAUAAGUAGAUGAAAACUUUUAGGAAACUAAUCUCUUGGUGCUAGAUUCUUGUGGCAUAACAAGAAAGUACAAUUUUUUUUUUUUUAUUGGGCACCC